GGGCGCCUGUACAAAUUGCCGUCAGCUCAUACACUGAUAUCGUACCCUUGGUGCUACCAGUCGGAACCAUGGUGAGUAAAACGGUGGUCGUUACCGGGGCGAAGGAUUUGUUGCGUCCUGGCUAGUGAAGAUGCUGCUGGAGCGUGGAUACAAUGUGCGGGGCACAGUUCGGGAUCCUCAGGAUGUGAAGAAAUUGCGCCACUUGCUCGAAUUGCCUGGAGCUCAGGAGAGGCUUGUUCUGUACAGAGCAGAGUUAAUGGCGGAGGGCGACUAUGAUGAAGUGGUCGAUGGGGGGGAUUGUGUUAUGCACACUGCAGCAAGAGUAACUGUGGACGCGGUCGAUCCCUAUAAAGAAAUUGUGGAUCCUGCCGUGAAAGGAACGAUGAAUGUGCUGAAGUCUGCUGCGAAAUCGAAGACCGUGAAGAGGGUGGUGUACACAUCGUCGACGGCAGCUGUAUUUUAUAGCGACAAAUUCGUCAACAAAUCUGAGGAUGACGUAGUGGAUGAGAGCUGGUGGACUGACCCUGAGUUCUGUCUGAAGAUUGGAAUGUACUACCAUAUGGCUAAGACGAUUGCAGAGCGAGCUGCCUUUGAGUAUGCAAAAGAUGCUCCUUUUGACGUGGUUUCCAUCGUGCCAUGCACGGUUGUCGGACGCUUGUUGCAAGAGACUGUAAAUUGGAGCAGUAACGAGGUCCUGAGAAUCCUCCAAGGCAUAGAAAGGCGUGAGGAUAAUCUGAUCAUUCCCACCAACAUUGCAUUUGUGGACGUGGAGGAUGUUGCAUUGGCCCACAUUCUCGCGAUGGAAAAUCCGAAUGCGGAAGGGCGAUACUUGGCAGUAGCGGAAAGUUUGACCAACGAGCACAUUGCCUUGUUGCUGGCCAAGCUCUAUCCCCAGUACACGAACGUCCUGAAGCCCGAUCUGAAAGGAAUGGAUGAAGCAACUUUCAACAAGCCAGUAUUCAAGUUCUCGAAUGAAAAGAUGAGGCAUUUGGGCGUGAACUUCACUCCGAUAGAAGAGAGCGUCAAGAAAACCGUGCAAAGCCUUCAACACCUUAACCUGCUGUAACAGAAACAUGAUUGAACAACCGGCUUGUCACAAACGUGUAAGUGGCGACUAGUUCUACUUCGAAGGACACUUACUUAUCCCUAAAUUAUACUUAUGAAUUCUCGUAUUUUAAUGCAUAUUUCGAGAGGAGACGCUAGAGUAGAGAAGAAAACGACGCGCUUUUCGUUCGUGGAAGACAGUUGACAAUAAAGUGCAGAAAGUGCAUCGCAUGAUAUUGUAAACCUGAAGUCGGACUCUUCUGACUCUCUACUAUUUCCCUA